AGUGCGUAUCGCGCCGCCUUGCGCUGUUUUGUUGUGACAAUAAAGAAGCUGGACUACUUAAUAAUGUUAUUAUUUUAUUGUGAUAUGUUACAGUUCUAGUGAUUUUUUGGAUAACUGACCAAUACAAAAACCAUGAACAUCUCAACAGGGAAUGUCUCAUACACCAUAUCAUUAGAAGAACUGGACUUAUCCCAUCUGCAGAAAUACAUGGAAAGGUCAAAUGAAAGGCCGGUGAGACUCUGGUCUAAUACACACUUGAACGGAGACUCGGAGUAUUGUCAAGUCAAAAUUGUAUCUAAAGAAGUCAUGGGGCACCCUGAGAGGUCUUAUGAGGUGAAGAUUGUGUCCAGGGAAGCCAUGGGGAAUCCUCAUAGGCCUUCAUCCACACAGACAUAUCUCUGCCCCCUAUGCAACAUCCAAGUACCAAUCAGAUGUCAUAUAGCUCACAAGAGAAGCACACAACACAACACAUAUAGAAACAUAUGCAACACCGUCCUACAGAGAGUGAAAAAUGAAAUCAACACAGAAAAUAUCACAAGUACGGAGAAAUUACUUGAUACUGAGUAUUAUUGCGAUAUAUGUUGUAAAAUAAUACAAAUUGCUGAUAAAUUACACCAUGAAACGUCAAAAGAACAUUUAAAUUCAAUGGAGAACUUCGUUAUAUUGAAUAAGUUCAAUAAUUUAUUCAGUUUUGGUGAUAAUGAUGAUGAUGAUGAGAAUAAUUAUGUUACUGACAGCGAUGACGAUUAUAAUGCUGAUAGUGAGAGAGUGGAGAUAGUUCAUGGUAUUAAUGAUGAUGGCAUUGCAAAAACAAUCGGGAUAGGUCAUGAUACCAAUGAUGAUGCCAUAACAAAAGCAAUGGGGAUAGGUCAUGGUAGCAAUGUUGAUGCCAUUACAGAAACAAUUGGGGUAUUUCAUGGUAGCAAUGAUGAUGCCAUUACAAAAACAAUUGGUAGCCAUGGUACCAGUGAUGAUACCAGUACAAAAACAAUUGGUAGCCAUGGUACCAGUGAUGAUACCAGUACAAAAACAAUUGGUAGCCAUGGUACCAAUGAUGAUACCAGUACAAAAACAGUGGGGAUAGUUCAUGGUGGUAAUGAUGAUGGCAUUACAAAGUAUAAUAACGAUAAUGAUUGCAACGGAGAUGCAAUUACUUAUAUUGUUUGUCAUAAUGAUGAUGAUGAAACGACAGGUAAUAAAAUAAAUAAUGACUGCAACGGAGAGAUAACGGAUAAAGAUAAAAGCAGAGAAUCAAAUGUCUUUGAACAAAUAAUUAAUAACAAUAAAUAUUAUGACCGAGAAUCGCCUAAAUGUAUUGAAAAUAACACACCUAAAGUUGCUGAAGUUAAAAUUGAUAUUGACUGUCAAAAUGGUGAUCUAGAAAUUAAAACUAAUGGCGUCUCUGCUGAUAAUAAAAUUGAUAUUGACUGUCAAAAUUUUGAUGUAGGAAAUAAAACUAAUGGUGUUUCUGCUGACCUUAAAAUUGAUAUUGACAAUCAAAAUGUUGAUCUUGGAAGUGAAAUUAAUUGUGUUUCUGCUGAUAAUAAAAUUGAUAUUGACAGUCAAAACGUUGAUCUAGGAUAUAAAACUAAUGGUGUUUCUGCUAACCUUAAAAUUGAUAUUGACAGUCAAAAUGUUGAUUUAAGAAAUGAAAGUAACAGUGUUUCUGGUGAUCAGUCGCCAAAUGAGUUUUUAAAAGGAAUUAAAAAGACUGCAGACAAAAUAGAUGAUCAGAACACAAAAAUAACAAACCAACCGAUUUCUCUGAAACAGAAAUUUAUCGAUUUCAAAAAAUAUUUAGAACAAACUACAAACACAACUUCUAAAACAGAAAAUCAGGAAAAUGAUCAUCAAAAAACUCCAAGCGCUACCAAUAACAAAGAAUUACACACAGAAUUGAAUAACAAAACAGAAAAUCAAAGUCAAAAUCAACAACAAAAAUUCAUCGCAGCAACAACUACUAACCAAUUAACUGAUAUACAACAGUUAGACAUCAAUAUUUCACCUGAAACCUUAAAUUUUGACAAUUAUUUAAAGAAAAUAACGAACAAAUACAAUUUGAAUCCCAAAAUUGACACGGACGGCGACUAUGUCGUAUUGGAAAAUAUUAAAAAUGUCAGAUUCAAAGUUUUGCAACAAAAUUUUCAUAGCUACAAAGUGAUCUGUAGUAAGAUCUAUUGUCAACUUUGCAAGUUUUGGAUCCAGGAUUUUGCAACGGAUCUCAAUUCGCAUGAAAUGUCUGAGCGGCAUGUGCAAUUGGUACUCUUGCCUGUGAAUGAUAAUUUUUUUAGAGAGCUCACAUCCCUAAACCCAGGCCACGAGCGACAACCGGGUCACUGCAUCGUAUGCAACGAAGCAGUAUUACUCGACUCUCAAUACCACAUAACAAGUGCAAGACACAAAUACACAACUAACAAAGCUAUCAUAGAAGAACCAAAGAACUUAUCCCCAACCAAUGUUCUCUGCCUAUCAUGUAAUGUACAUAUACCAUUUCCAAAUUACGUACAACAUUUAAACUCCAGAAGACAUGUGAAAACCACACGCGUUCAAAACCAUAUAUUCAAGAAAGAUACAGAUUUAUACACUUGUAAUCUAUGUGAGGUUGUAUUAGAUGCUAAUUCUAUAAAACAACAUAUGAAUGAAAAGGGGCAUGUUGAUAAAAUGGAACAAAUGUCUUCAGAGAGAGAAUUUUGUAAGACAUACGGCUUGAAAUUCGAUACUUCUCUCGAAGGUAAGUAUAGGAAGUUUUAUACAGACACUACUUUUAAAAACGAUGUCAAUUUAAAGGAUAUUGAUUUAGAAUAUGAUUCGGACGAUAGUUUUAAGGCACAAGAUUAUAAAACACACUUAAAAGUUUUAAGUAAAAAUAAAACAGUUUGCACGUUAUGCAAAAUUGAUUUAAAGAAGAAAGAAAAAGCAAUUACUAAGCACAUGACAAGCAAGAGACAUAUAGAAUUAGACAAAAUGCUGCUCUACAAUUUAUUUGUAAAAUAUUGUAAUGAUAGUAAAAGAAUUAAAUGCGAAAUAUGUCCCAUAGAACUACCAAAUAAGAAUAAAAUUAUCAUCGAUCAUAUGGAAAGUGAACUACACAAGAUGUAUGAAAAAACACUAUUUGACUUUCAUCGCAUUACAAAAUACGAUCGCCGGUAUUCAUGUAGCUACUGCAAUGAAAACAUGAUUGAUGUAUUAGGCCAUAUCUAUGGCAAAGACCACAUACUUAAAUUACAAAAUAAGAAUAAAAUUAAUAGGGAUGAUAUGCUUAGGUAUUUAUACAAUGAUCGUGAAGUGAAUCCUAGAGUCUUAAUUUAUGAAAGGCUAUACGACAAUUUUCUCACACACAAUUCUGUGUCUAAAUGUGAUGACAAUAGUUACCACUGUGAGCUGUGUAAUAAGUAUUUCAAUCGGACUAAUGAGAUUAUCCAUAUUUUGGGGAGGCAGCAUUUUACUAAUCUUUACAAAAUACCACCUAAAAAGGAUAAAAGUUGUUAUGUAGAAGAUGUAAGUAAAAUGUAUCGAGCGAUAAACAAAAAAGCGUAUUUAGAGAUGAAUAAUUGAAAAGAAUAAUGAUACAAAAGCAACGUCUCUCGUGAGCGAUCUAGAAGAGAACGCGAAGCGGUGCGGUGACACGCGAAUCCAACGCGAUGCGGUGUGACGGCGGCUAUGUCCUACGUGCAUGCGAAUCGUUUCGUUUUGUUUCUGUUUCCGACAUUAUAAACAAACACGUGACGGCACCGCGUCCAGUUCGCGCGACAAUAUCAAGACAAUUGAUCGCGUUAUAUCGCCUCACUGUAUCCUACGUGCGGUUGGUGACGUAGGCCACGUCAAUACAUUUUGACAGUUUGUUGUUUUCGUGCCGCGCCGCACCGCAUCGUCUUCACAUCUAGAUUGAUUGAAACAAACAAAUAAACGGGGAUAAACAAAAUAAAACCGUUCAAUAUCAAAUAUUUUAAAAAGAGUAUAAUUAUAACGAUUUCUAAAGUAUAUGACUCGAUAGUAGCGCCAUCUAUCCUCUUUUUACGACGUAUGGCAACUUAUGUAAAAAAACAAACUGUUGUAUGAAAAAUUGUGUUUAAAUAUAAUUUGAUAAGUGAUCUUUUAUUUAAAUAAUAAGUGUUCUAAAAGUAUCUACCACGGCAUUAAAGGGGAGGUAGUGUUGUGUUUGAAAAAUUACAAUAGUGAAAUAUUGAAGAUGAGUAUUUAUUUUUUGUCAUAGAAAAAAAUUAAGUAAGUAUGAUUUUUUUAUGGAAGAGCUAUCUCUUUCACUGUCUCUGUCGUAUUUGUGAACCACUUUAUGCAGACUAGAAUCAAUGUGUAUUUAACUUCUUUAUGUUCUCAAAUUGAAAUAACUGGUCCGGAGUACGAAAUUUCUUCACUAUUGUAAUCUUCAAACAUAACACUACCUCCCAUUAAAGCCGUGGCAGAUACAUUUUGAUCACUGUAUACAUAUUGUUGCUAGCAUGACCUGCUCACACGAUUAUGGUAUCUCGAAAUAUGGCUCUAAAUAGAUAUCUACACCAAUGUGAAAUAAUAUAAUCAUUAGAAUUAGACGAUGGAUCUCUGCGAGAUCUUUAAUUAAAUUAUGAUAAUACUAGAAGGGAUGAUGCCAGAGUUUCUAUGAAAUCUGGUCCCACCGUGCAAUAGCUAUGUGUUUUCCUAGUAUCCAAACUACGUGUAUAAAGCACAAAUGCAAUUUAAUGACAUAAAAAUAGCAGUACUUGGCUACUGAUAAAACUACCAAUUCUACCAUGUUUAAUAAAGAGUAACUGUGAACGGACUAAGAUUUGGAACUUGGCGCCAUAGUAACUUUUAUUCAGCUCAAAAUUACCUAUUGGAAGGUGGGACCAGGAUUUGCAUUCUCCUUUAGAUUUAAAAUGAGUGUUUUUUCUGGUCUAUUCUAGUCAUACCAUACCGAUAAGCUUAAGCGCAAAAAGACGUAGCCACUAGCGUUUUUAUCUUUUACAACAAAAUACUCCCAUUUUAUAGAUAACCUGACCUGACAAACGUUGUUUUCCCAUAUAAAUUAUUCGAAGAGUUUUUUUUUUUUGUUUUUCAGGGGGGAAAAUUAUCCAAUGACUUCUCACGCCAGGGUAUGGCGAAAGGGAGUGUCAGACUCUUACUAACUAAAAACCACCCCGUUCCUACUCCUGCUUGUCGAGCCGGCGCGCCGGUAAACCCGCUAGGUAGUCCGCAGCUCCGGAUUAGGCAUCAACCCUACUGAGCCCCAUCUGUGGUGGUCUGAUGGCUCUUUGAGGCGCGCGCGGAACGCGACGCGUCGUACGCACGGAUCUGGUUCUGGUCGGGCUGCGAGCUACCCUUGCUCGUCGUCCGCAGACGCGCCUCGCUUCCUCCUUAGCUAACAUGACUGCUUCGCAAAAGAAGGAGACAGCAUCCCAGUCCCCCUCGCUCCGCACCAUGGCCUGAACCAAAGCCGGACGCGAGAGGUCGCCGUCGCCGAUCACUUCCCUGAGGACACGGCGGUGCUCAGCCCACGCAGGGCAGACUGCAACCGUAUGUUCCACCGUGUCCUCCGGGCGGUCCUCGCAGUGAUGACACCCGGGCGUUUCCUCCCGGCCAAUUAGAAACAGGAACCUACCGAAACUCCCGUCUCCGGUAAGCACUUGUGUUAGGCGGUAGGUGAGGACGCCUUUCUAGCCACUCUUCAAAGACUUACCGCAUUACAUUGUGACAUGGAUUUUUAUAUAUUAGAUUAAAUUGCCAUUCCUACGACAUGCCUUACCUUAGUAAGGCUUACCUUACUACCACUUAUAAUAAAAUACUUGUAUCAAUAUAUUUUUCAUUUAUAAAAGAAAUGUAAAAGAAAAAUCGCUAGUAGUUCCGUUUCUUUGCUGCUAAGUAAGUGUAUUAUUGUGUAGUUCCGUGUCUUAGCUCCCAAAUGUAUUAUUCUGUAGUCAUUUUUAAACAAUUUACAAUAUCCAAGAUUUAACAACAAGGUUUAAGCUAAUUAUUGCAUUAGCCAUGAAUACAAAGUAUGAACGGAACACUCCCAAACGCCUAAAACAGGUGAUGGUAAAGAAUGAGUUGUAUUUUCAAAAUAUUAAAGAAUUCAAUGUUUAUUUUUUGUAAUAAUAGUUGUAAUCAACUGUUGAUGCUGAUAUUGCAUGAAUAACACGAAAACUAAAACGAUUAAACACGUGGUCACUAACACUAUCGUUAGAACUUGAGACGGGAUAUUUACCAUGUUUAUUUAUGUCUAUGAGUUUUCGAUAUUUCGCACUGUUGCAAGCGCCAUGAUCACAGAUGAACUCAUAGAACUAAAAAACCAUGGUAAAUAUCCCGUCUCAAGUUGUAAUGAUAGUGCUAGUGACCAUGUCAGUAUGAAAAAUAAUAAAACGAUUAAAAUUAUAAUAAAAACAAAUAAAAUUAUGUAGCGUUUUUCGAGUGUUCCGUUUACACCUACUACUACUACUACCGUUUAAUACAUAUUUGUGACUUUAUACGAUAAAGUCACAAAUAUGUGUGUAAAAUAGCGUAGAGUUAUUGUUAGUCAGUAGAAAAUAUAGUUAGCAUCUCCCAUUUCGGAUGCAAUUAAUGGGGACACAUUGCUUUGAAUUUUUUUGUAAUUAUUAGUCUCUAGUCACUAGAGUAUAAAAUUGUGUGUACCAGUAGAUAUUUAUUUCUAAACUUUUUCUUUUAAAGAAUAAAAGGUGUAAUGGUGUUAUUACUUUUCCAUUGCGCUUGUAAUUAUGUUGCUAUUCAGCCUUUAAUAAUUAGGUACUGGUGAUGCAUAUCGAUAACAAAUGCAAAUAUUUGUUACCUCACUUGUACCUACCUAUUAUAUUAUGUUCUCAAGUUGAUAAAGAUAGACAGUCUUUAUAUCUAGUUGUGUAUUUUUAACAUAUAAUACCUUAUAAAGAUUCAAUUAAUGAAAUAAAAUAAUAAUAUGUAGAUAAUGUAUUUGUGUAUGUGUAUUUUUAUUUGCAAAAAUAAUUAUUUUGUUAAUAAAGUCAUUUGAUGUCAUA